AAUUGCAGACUUUGAAUCAAAGGUGCAGCCAUGAAAGAUCCGAGUCGCAGCAGUACUAGCCCAAGCAUCAUCAGCGAAGAUGUGAUUAUAAACGGUCAUUCUCAUGAAGAUGACAAUCCCUUUGCGGAGUACAUGUGGAUGGAAAAUGAAGAGGAAUUUAACAGGCAGAUUGAAGAGGAGUUGUGGGAAGAAGAAUUUAUUGAGCGCUGUUUCCAGGAGAUGCUGGAAGAAGAGGAGGAGCACGAAUGGUUUAUUCCUGCCCGUGAUCUCCCACAAACAAUGGAUCAAAUCCAGGACCAGUUCAAUGACCUUGUUAUCAGUGACAGCUCAUCACUGGAGGAUCUGGUGGUCAAGAGUAACCUGAAUCCAAACGCAAAGGAGUUUGUUCCUGGGGUGAAGUACUUAAAUAUUUGAGUAGACUGGGCCCUAUCUUGGUGGAUGUAGCACAAUUUCCACACUGUGAAGCCAGUAUUAGAAGAUUUAAUUGUAAAAGCUCUCUCUUCUUGUCACUGUGUUACACUUAUGCAUUGCCAAAGUUUUGUUAGUCUUGCAUGCUCAAUAAAAGUGCUGAGACUGUUACUAAGUACAUCUGUCACAAGUGUAAUGGAGCCGUGAUUGGAGCCUGGCUCUCUGGAAGGAGGCGGCCAGCGAGGUAAGAACCACCAGUCAAGUCGAGACAAAGUACCACGUCCACAAAUCCUUCUGCAGACUCUGUCUUCUUAAACAGGACUUGGCGUUUGCUCCGGAUGGUCUGUUUAUAACUAGAGAUGUGUUAACUGGUGCUCGGCUGCACCUGAUAAUGCCUUAACUUCAAAAUGAAAGAGGAUAUCGGAUUGUUAUGCAAAUUAGCUAACUUUUUGAACUAUCGGUGUUGGUACUAACGUUAAUUUUGCCCCCUUAAAAACUUCGUGCUCCUUCUAAGCAGCAUGAGCUUUAACAGCAACUUUACAGACCUGCACGGAGUCGUAGAUCUCGGCUGCCGAGCUAACAUCCGCGCGCUGGGAAGGAGGGGACUCCCCGCGCUCCGCGGCCUCUUACCGCGUUCGACACGUUUCGCUUCCUGACGGCAGAGGCGAUUUCUUCCAAGGACCCUGACCCCUACGUAGCGCUGCCUGCGUAACUUGGCGUACGACUUCCUUCUGGCCGGGUUCCACCGGGAAGCCCCAGCGUUAGUGAUGGGAGUGGUGCUUUGCCCUUGCUUUGUUUAAUCAUCACUACACGAUAGUCUACAGCACAACUACUUCUUGUUUGGGUUUUGUUUUUUUUUUUCCCCCUUUUAAUAAAGCUAGAACAGUUUUGGCUUCUUAAACUUCAUAUUUGGGUAGGUUAAGCUGCCAUACGUGUUCAGUGUGAAUAGUGUUUAAGUUGAAAAUAUUGUAAAAAAAUUAUAUUUUUUCAAAAAUAUUUAAAAAAAUAAAUAAUGGUAGAACUGA